AUGAAUAUCAUUGAAUGGGCGUUCGGCAAGCGGAUGACGCCAGCGGAGCGUCUCCGAAAGCACCAACGGGCUCUGGAGAAGACGCAGCGAGAACUCGACCGAGAGCGGGUAAAACUCGAAAACCAAGAGAAGAAACUGGUCCAGGACAUCAAGAAGAGUGCCAAGAACGGGCAGAUGGGACCGCUUCGGAUACAAGCCAAAGACCUGGUGCGAACACGAAGGUAUAUCCAGAAGUUCUACUCGAUGCGAACACAAUUACAAGCAAUAUCCUUGCGUAUACAGACUGUUCGCAGUAACGAGCAAAUGAUGCAAGCCAUGAAAGGAGCAACAACGCUCCUCGGUAGCAUGAAUCGUCAGAUGAAUCUUCCCGCCCUUCAGCGAAUAGCCAUGGAGUUUGAGAAAGAGAACGAUAUCAUGGACCAGCGGCAGGAGAUGAUGGAGGACGCAGUAGACGAUGUCACGGGUUUAGAAGAUGAGGAAGAGGGCGAAGAGGUGGUCAACCAGGUCUUGGAUGAGAUCGGCAUUGAUCUCGGUCAAUCCCUAGGGGAGGCACCCACCGGGAUCCAGUCAUCGAAGGUUGCAGAAGGCAAAGUCGCGCAAGCGAUUGGGGGUGAUCCUGGCGACGACGACCUUCAAGCGAGACUCGACAGCUUACGGAGGUAA